AUGAAUCUGGUUGGCAUUCGAUGUGGGGAACUUGAAAAAAUCUCCCAUGUGCUACUACAUUGCUCCUUCGCGAAGGAGGUGUGGGAAACAGCUCUGAUCCGUAACUCGCUCUCACCAAACCCAGAUUGGGAUUUCAACACGACAUGGCCAAUGCUUCACCAAUUGCAAGAAAUAACAAAAUUUUCAGCGACAGUGUACCCAGUAGAGGAAGUGGUUAAUAAAGACAUUGUCGGGGUACAAAAGUGGUUCGAAGCUCAAUCGACAAAGAUCCAAGCCCCAACUCAGACCCUAAAAAGAAAUAGAGUAACCAGUAGCAUUUACAUCUCGUGCAGAACAGAUGUUGUCUGGCAAAGUGAUAAUAAGGUUCCAGGACUAGGAUGGGUCUUCAUCAAGGAUCAGGAAAGCCUGAUUGCUCAACACUCCACAAUAGUCAGCCUCGUAAGAUCACCUUUAAUGGCGGAAUCUCUUGCGAUUCGCGAAGCAUUUGAGGGUGCAUUGAGACUGGCCUUCAGAAGGAUUAGGCUGGAAUCGGAUUCAAGUUAA